CUGAGCUACUGAGGCCGAGCAGGGUUCUCACGCGCGGCCUGAGGCCGGGUGUCUGGGAGGAGAGAUGCUCGGGCGGGAGGCGUUGCUUGUGGGACCCAGGACGGCCUGGUCCUCUCCCACGGUUGGGAGGGGCCAGGGCCCGAGACAACAGCUGGGCUGGUCGGCUAGAGAGGUCAUCUGACUGGCUGCUCCAGCUGACUGUACACACCCCCCUCUCCUCUACCAGGCCACACAGGAGCUGGUGCCCACACGGGCACAGCACCAGGCUGUGACGACACCUGCUCACCCCCAGCACCUCUGGGCACCCAUGUACCCACGAGAACACAAACACCCAUCAGUUCAGAAAGUGCACCUGCUGGUCUAGAUACCCCAGCUGGGGACUCGGAGGGUGAAAGGCAGACACCAGGGCAGCCAGUGGCGCCAUGUCUGUGACCAGCGAGAAGAUGGGGCUCUCCCUGACCCAGGAGAUCCUCAGCUACCUGGGCCUUGCCAACAAGACGGCAGCGUGGGGGACCCUGGGCACCCUCAGGACCUUCCUGAGCUUCAGUGUGGACAAGGACGUGCAGCGGCUGCUGAGGGCCAUCACAGGCCAAGGGGUGGACCGCACCGCCAUUGUGGAUGUGCUGACCAAUCGGAGCCGAGAGCAGAGGCAGCUCAUCGCUCAAGCUUUCCAGGAGCGCACCCAACAGGACCUGCUGAAGUCCCUGCAGGCAGCGCUCUCCGGCCACCUCGAGGGGAUUGUGGUGGCUCUGCUGCAGCCGGCAGCCCGUUUGGAUGCUCGGGAACUGAGGACAGCCCUGAAGGACUCGGGUGCUGCUGAGGAUGUGGGGGUGGAAAUCCUUGCUACUCGCACCCCACCCCAGCUGCAGGAGUGCCUGGCAGCCUACAAACAUGAUUUCCAGGUGGAGGCAGAGGAGGACAUCAAAUCCGAGACCAGUGGCACCUUGCAGGACCUGCUCCUGGCCCUGGCCAAGGGGGGCCGCGAGAGCUACUCCGAAAUCAUUGACUAUAACUUGGCAGAACAGGACGUCCAGGCAUUGAAGCAGGCUGAAGGACCCAGCACAGAAGGAACAUGGGUCCUUAUCCUCACCCAGAGAAACCCUGAACACCUCGUCCGAGUGUUUGAUCAGUACCAGCGGCGCACCGGGCAUGAGUUGGAGCACACCGUCCGGAACCGUUUCCAUGGAGAUGCCCAGAGGGCUCUGCUCAGCCUAGCCUCGGUGAUCAGGAACACAGCGCUGUACUUUGCCCAUAAACUUCACCAAGCCCUUCAGGAAACCGAGCCCAAUUAUCAAGCCCUGAUGCGAAUCCUUAUCUCUAGAAGUGAGACUGACCUUCUAAGCAUCCGAGCUGAGUUCAAAAGGAAAUUUGGGAAGUCCCUCUACUCUUCCCUCCAGGAUGCCGUGAAAGGGGACUGCCGACUAGCCCUGCUAGCCCUGUGCAGGGCCGAAGACCUUUGAGACCCCCCUCCCCCUUCCACUCCCACAUGGCAUUCAAGGAUCUGAGAGCCCCACGUUUGGCGGAGCCUGCAGGAGACCAGCGGAGCCUCCAAAUAGGAUAACCCCUCACUGAGCAUUACAUGUUCCAGCUUCUUGUUGAGGCUGGAACUCGAAGUUUUCUUUUAAAUCCCUUCAUUGUCCUCA